GCCUUAUCUUUAUCCAUUCAUCUGUUCAUUGGCACUUAGGUUGCUUCCAUAUCUUGACUAUUGUAAAUAAUGCUGCUCUGAACCUUGGGGUGCAUUUAUCUUUUUGAAUUAGUUUUUGUUUUUUCAGAUACAUACCCAGGAGUGGAAUUGCUGGGUCAUAUGGUAGUUCUAUUUUUAGUUUUCUUGAGAACUGUUCUUUUAUUUUAAACUGCUCCCUCUACUGCUUCCUUAACUAAAGACACUGAGCAUGCUCACAAAUUCUUGAGCCUAGGUGCACCUCUACACUACCCUACCACUCUCCUUUCCUUUGUAACCAGGUUCCUUAAAACAGAAGCGUACACCUACUUCCUUAAGUCCUGUUGAUUUUUCAACCUACUGUAGCCAGAUAUCUGUCACCACUGUAAUGAAAUAGCACUGACUGAGGGUCACUGGUAAUCUUGCCAAAUCUAAAUGAGCACUUCUAAAUCCUUCUCUUGACCUCUUUUACCUUGUAUGUUAAUUUUUAACGUAUUGACCACUUCUUGAAACUCUCACCUCCCUUGACUUUAUUGACACUCUUUCCCUAGUUCUCUCCCUUUUCAUUAAUUUUUUCCUCAACUUUUUGCUGCCCUGUUUUUCCUGUGCCUUCUUCCUAGUUUCCUUAAAUAGGUAAUAACUCAUUUAUUGCUUUUAUUUGUUUUAUUUAUGAAGGACCAAAGUAAGACCUGCUUAAUUAAAAAAAAAGGAAUGCAAUAAUUACAAUAGCCUGCUCUGAUUCCGCCAGUCUGAUUUCUUCCCCAUUCAUUCCAUUUUCUAGAUUCCUGGAAAUGAUUUUUCUAAAAAUGCACAUGUUAUCAGGGGCAUUCCCUGAAGGAAGGAUUUUAAUCCCUUGAGCUCUUCAGUGCCUAAAAGACAUAGGCCAAGCUCCUCUGUGAAGCCUUUCCUCAUACACCUCUCUUCCAACCUGAAUUACAUCCACUCCAUACUUCUGUUAUUGUACAUGUUGGCAGAAUUAAACACAAGUCUGUGUGUGAAUGGGAAGGAAUCGUUUGUCUUCUGAGAUCUGGGAAGUUGUGAGGAAGGCAGGAAAGAAUAGACAGAAAAAAGAGAAUACCAUGGUGUUAGUGCUGGCGACAAGGUAGUAUUUUUGAAGUAAAGGCUCAGCAAAAAGGUAGUAUGAGAAGGAGAGAAUUAGUCAACUUGUCAUUGUCUGAAGCCACCAUCUUCAAACUAUUUGAUUGUGGAGCUCUUUCCAUAAAAAAUUUUGAGUACAUUCCUUUGAUAUAAGCAUAAUGAUUUAUAAUAAUUUAUAAAUUCAUAUAUGAUGUGAUGUACUGAUCAAUAUUAUGAAACACAAAAAAUAGAAGAUGGGGCAAAAAUUACAAAAAUAAAUUCUAAUAAUUUCUUCUACUGUCAGUAGAUGGGUGUAGAUUACUGUGGUGGCCAUUGACCCGAAGGCUGGACCCAAAGCUUAUCCAAAUGCGUGCAAGACCCUUUGUGAUCUGACCUCUAGUUACUUUCCCAGGCCAUCUGUAACCACUCCCAGCUACCUCUGUAUUCUCCUUUCAACCCUCUCAAGCCUCCAAAUUAACCUAUUUUUCAAUGCUUUAUCAGCCAAGAAGAUCCAAGUAGUUGUUUUUUAUCUCUGUUUCUGCAUCUGCUUGAAGUGGCCCCUCUCUGCAUGGCAAACUCUAUUGACACUUCAGCUCUGGCUCAGAUUAUUAUGUCCUCUGAAACCUUCCCCAGCGCCAUCACCAGAGCUGUGAAAGAAGCAGCAAGGACAUAAGCAAGAGGCUCUGGUUGAAAAGCCUGAAUCAAAAUGACUCAGAGAUUUCCAACUGAUACCAUACAGCGCUCAAAAUGGAUCAGGGCUGUUAAUCGUAUGGACCCCAGAAGCAAAAAGAUUUGGAUCCCAGGACCAGGUGCUAUGCUAUGUUCCAAACAUUUUCAAGAAAGUGACUUUGAGUCAUAUGGCAUAAGAAGAAAGCUGAAAAAAGGAACUGUGCCUUCUGUUUCUCUAUACAAGGUUCUCCAAGGUGUACACCUUAAAGGUAAAGCAAGACAGAAAAUCCUAAAACAGCCACUUCCUGAUGAUUCUCAAGAAGGUGCUACUGAGGACCAUAACUACAGUUUAAAGAGACCUUUGACUAUAGGAGCAGAAAAGCUGGCCGAGGUGCAACAGAUGCUACAAGUGUCCAAAAAAAGACUCGCUUCUGCAAAAAACUACAGGAUGAUCAAGAAGAGAAAGGGUUUACGAUUAAUUGAUGCACUUGUAGAAGAGAAACUGCUUUCAGAAGAAACGGAGUAUCUGCUACGAGCACAAUUUUCAGAUUUUAAGUGGGAGUUGUAUAACUGGAGAGAAACAGCCGAGUACUCCACAGAAAUGAAGCAGUUUGCAUGCACCCUCUACUUGUGCAGUAGCAAAGUCUAUGAUUAUGUAAGAAAGAUUCUUAAGCUGCCUCAUUCUUCCAUCCUCAGAACAUGGUUGUCCAAAUGCAAACCUGGUCCUGGUUUCAACAGUAGCAUUUUUUCUUUUCUUCAACGGAAAGUAGAGGAUGGAGACCAGCGAUAUCAGUAUUGCUCACUGAUAAUAAAAGGUGUCUCUCUCAAGCAGCAGCUUCAGUGGGACCCCAGCAGUCACCACUUGCAAGGGUUCAUGGACUUCGGUCUUGGCAGACUUGACGCUGACGAAACGCCACUUGCCUCAGAAACUGUUUUGCUCAUGGCAGUGGGUAUUUCUGGUCCUUGGAGAACACCUCUUGGCUAUUUUUUCAUAAACAGGGCGUCUGGAUAUUUGCACGCUCAGUUGCUUCGCCUGACGAUUGGCAAACUGAGUGACAUCGGGAUCACAGUUCUGGCUGUCACGUCUGAUGCUACAGCUCACAGUGUUCAGAUGGCAAAAGCGUUGGGGAUACAUAUUGAUGGAGACAACAUGAAGUGUACCUUCCAGCAUCCUUCAUCUUCUAGUCAACAGAUUGCCUACUUCUUUGAUUCUUGCCACUUGCUUAGAUUAAUAAGGAAUGCAUUUCAGAAUUUUCAGAGUGUCCACUUUCUUAACGGCACAGCACACUGGCAGCACCUUGUGGAGUUAGUAGCACUAGAGGAACAGGAAUUACCGAAUCUGGAGAGAAUCCCAAGAAAACUUGCAAAUUUGAAAAACCACAUACUGAAAUUGAAUUGUGCUGCCCAGCUCUUCAGUGAGAGCGUGGCGGGCGCACUGGAAUGUUUGCUGUCUCUAGGUCUGCCUCCUUUUCAGAACUGUACUGGGACCAUCCAUUUCUUACGCUUAAUUAACAAUUUGUUUGACAUUUUUAAUAGUAGGAACUAUUAUGGAAAGGGAUUUAGAGGACCUCUCUUGCCUGAAACUUUUAAUAAAAUUAACCAUGUGUUAAUUGAAGCCAAGACUAUUUUUGUUACAUUAGCUGACACUAGCAAUAAUCAAAUAAUUAAAGGUAAGCGAAAAUUGGGAUUCCUGGGAUUUUUGCUUAAUGCUGAGAGUUUAAAAUGGCUCUACCAAAAUUAUGUUUCCCCCAAAAUCAUGCCUUUUCCAUAUCUUCUGACUUACAAAUUCAGUCAAGAUCAUCUGGAAUUAUUCCUAAAGUUGCUGAGACAGGUAUCAGUAACCGUUUCUAACCUUACCUGCAUGGCAUUCCAGAAAGCUUACCAUAAUGUGGAGACCAGAUACAGAUUACAAGAUGAAGUUUUUCUAAGUGAAGUAAGCAUCCUUGACAUUUCAAUUGCUCGAAGGACAGACUUGGCCCUUUGGACAGUUCAGCGUCAGUACGGUGUCAGCAUUGUAAAGACUCUUUUUGACAAAGAGGAUAUUUGCUGCGACUGGUCUGACUGUUUGCUAAGUGAGGCAUUACUAGACCUGUCAGAUCAUAGGCGAAAUCUAACCUGUUGUGCUAGUUACAUUGCAGAUAAAUUAUCAACUCUUUUAACAUGUGAGGACUGCAUCAGUGCACUCUAUACAUCGGAUCUCAAAACCUCUAAAAUUGGAUCACUGUUAUGUGUUAAAAAGGAGAAUGGUGUGCAUUUCCCUUCAGAAAGUUUAUGCCGAGUCGUAAAUAUUUGUGAGCGAGUUGUAAGAACCCAUUCAAGAAUGGCAGUGUAUGAAUUAUUACCUCCUCAACAGAGGGAAUUUUAUCUUCAACAGAAAAUAUUACAUGAGCUUUCUGGGCAUAUUUAUCUUUUUGUAGAUUUAAAUGAGCAUCUCUUUGAUGGAGAAGUAUGUGCCAUCAAUCACUUUGUAAAGUUACUAAAGGAUAUAAUAAUCUGUUUCUUAAAGAUGAGAGCUAAUGAUCUAGCUCAGCCCCCUUUAAAACACAAUUCAGAAAAGACUGAAAUGAAAACUUUGUCAAGGAAACACUGGUCAUCUUUACCAAAUUAUAAAUGUUCAAGUUUUGCUAAUAGCAGUAAAUUCAGGCAUUUGCUAAGUAACCAUUCAAAUGAAGGGCCUAAAAUAAAUUAAAAAUUUUUAUUAGAAAUAAGUAGUCAACAUUUAUUUUAAUGUUCAACUUACCAUAUUUUACAAAUUGACCAUUCUGCACAGUGGACAAGUUUGCAGUUCUGAUUUACUGGAAUAUCUAUUAUGCACAUUAUCACAUCUGCUUGGACUUCGGUAAGACUUGCAGCGUUUCAGUUACCCAAAAUGUAGAAAGCAGUAAGUCAGUAGGAACAGACCAGCCAACGGGUGCUGUCUUUGAAUUUACUACUAUAUGACUGAGUAAUUUGACAGGACAUACUUUAAAAAUGAGAGAAUGACAACGAGGAGCCACCAAAACAUUGAGUCCUUUUAUAAAAACUACCUAAAAGAGCAUUUGUUCACAGCUCUUAAGAAUAUUAACAGGAUACCUAUCAAACCUUGAACAUAAUCCUUAGUUACACAUGAAAAUCAGGAUACGAUUUGAAAAUUAGACUGAAUUAAACAUCAAACACCACAAAAAUCCACUUGCUGGGGUACCCUGAAAUGGAAAUAAUUAUGCUUUAUCAGGCAGAAGGUAAACACGUGAGCCAUGAGGUGGUUUUGUGCUGCAACUGAGCUGGGGAAUGUUGGGGACUUCAUAGGUGAUACCAUUUUCACAAUCCAUUGUCCCUGGACUUCAAGGUACCACUUUUGAAUGAUAGAAUGGAUACUUUCUUGACUCCUAUUGGAGGAACCCAGUGCUCAUCAGAGAAUGAGAAGACUUUACUUCAACUUCUGAAGUCCACUUGUGUUUGCAGGGAGGCUAAAAUAAUGAAACAUACUUUGAAUGUUGAAUAAUGGCAUUUCGUAACAUGUGAUUAAUACAAUUGGAAAAAAUGAUCAGUUGAGACAAUGAGUAUGAAAAAGUUUGUCUUAAUUACAUAAUGAAUUUUUUCAGAAAUUUAGCAGAAGCUUAAAUAAUCGGAAGAUGGAGACUAAUACCGAGGACAAUUUUCUUCGUUCUCUCACACCCAGAUUUGAAAAGAUAAAUAGAAAACCAUGUAGGUAUAUGAACUUUCACAAAUUGGAGUAUUUUAAUGGAUAAAAGAAUUAACAGCAUGUUAUUCACCUGUGUAUGUAAAAAUCUACUUACUGUUACUGCGUGAAUGUUCAUAAAGUAUAGUUAAGAUGGAAACUUAGAGUUGUAAAAGAUUAAUGAUAGCUAAAAGUUGAGUUUUAUUAAUUGAAAUUCUUCUUAAAUAGGAUAUUUUGAUGUAUUUUUGCUUGUUCUACCUCAAAGGCUUAAGUUUUGAAGUGUAACCAGAGCUGUACUCUUCUACAUUUUAUAUAAGGGAUAUUGCUGAGAAGUUUAAAUAGUGUGGUUUUAGUUUUGUUUGCAACAGAAUGAGUUCAGAUGCACCAGGAUAAAUCUUAAAGGAAGCCUGUUCAUAAAUCACCACCUUUGACUUACUGCUUAUAUAAAUCCAAGUUUUAUACUUGAUCUUUACUUAAACCUAGAUUCAUAUCUGUAGUGUCUUAAGUUCUUUGCUGUUACAUUUGACUAAUGUACUAUAUAUUCUAUAAUUUGUUAAAAUAGUGUUUUGCAUUAUUUAAGUGCUGGAUAAAUUGGACAAACAUUGAAGAAAAGAAUCUUCCCAUCACUGCCAUUAGCACAGUUAAUUGCUCUUGUCCUAAUGAAAGUAUUCCAAGUCUGAUGUGAGAUUUAUUUGAUAUGAUGAUAUGACAGUGAAAUUUUUAAAAUAAAUUAUUUGUUCAUAUUUAAUUAGGGUGAUUUAGUUUACAACUUCUACCCAGCACCCUUGUUCUUUAUUUCCUCUGGAGAAAACAAACAUUUCUUUCAGAAAUUUAUCCUUCCUACUUUCAGCAAAUAGUGCUGGAAUAGCCAGAUGUGCACAUGCAAAGGUAUUAACUCGAAAUGGAACAAAGACUUCAAUGUAAGAGGUAAAACUGUAGAACUCAGAAUAAAAGAGAGUAAAUCUUUGAAACUUGGAUUAGGCAAUAGUUUCUUAGAUAUGACACCAAGAGCAUAAGGCACACAAAAUAAAUUGCAUUUCAUCAAAAUUAAAAACUUGUGCUUCUACCAUCGUGGAAGUGAAACAGCCUGUAGAAAAUUUUUGCAAAUCAUGUAUCUGAUAAAGGCCUUGUAUCCAGAAUAUAUAGAGAACUCCUAUAACUCAAUAACAAAGGAAAAUAAUCCAGUUUUUAAAAUGGAUUAAAAAAUUAUGAACAGACAUUGUUCAAAGGAAAUAUACAAAUGGCCUAUAAAUACAUGAAUAUGUACUCAACAUCAUUAGCCGUCUGGGAAAUGCAAAUCAAAACCACGAGAUACGCUUCACACCCACCAGGAUGGCUAUAAUAAAAAAAGACAUAAUAAGUGUUGGCAAGAAUGUGAAGCUGGAACCCUCAUACAGUGUUGGUGGGAAUGCACAUACUUUGGAAAACAGCGUGGCAGUCCUUCAAAAGGUUAAACAUAGAAUUACCAUAUGACUCAGCAAUUCUCUUGAAAGGGCAUAUACCCAAAUGAAAUGUGCACAGAUUUCAUAGCAGCAUUAUAAUAGCUAAAAAGUGAAAAAGCCUAAAUGUCUAGCUGAUAAGUGGAUAAAUAAUAAAUGUUGAAUCCAUACAGUGGGUCACAUGGGAAGUGUGUUUUACUUUAUAACAAACUGCCCUAAGUGGUUUUUUUUGCAAAGUGAUGCACCAUGUUGUACCUCAACCAGGAAUGUAGGAAAAGUUCCAGUUCCUCUGCUUCCUUCCGAGUACUUGGUAUUGUCAGGGUUUUGUUUUGAAUUAGCCAUUCUAAUGUGUAAGUGUACAGUUACAUUCUAAGUGUACAGUGAUAUUUUAUUGUGGCUUUCAUUUCCAAUUUUUCUAAUGACUAAUGAUGCUGAACAUCUUUUCAUAGGCUUAUUUGCUGUUCACAUAAUCUUAGGUGAAAUGUCUGUUCAAGUCUUUUGCCUGUAUUUUGGAAGGUUGGUUGGUUUCUUAUUGAAUGUUGUAUAUUCUAUCCAGAGAAGUACAUUAUCAGAUGUGCUUUGCAAAUAUUUUCUCCCAGUCUGUGGCUUUUAUUUUACUGAGGUAUCAUUGAUGUACAGUAUUAUAUGUUAAAAGUGUACAACAUUCAGUUUUUAAAGAUAAUGUAGCUUUUACUUUUUUAGUGUUUUGAAUAGCAGACAUUAAUUUUGAUAAGUCCAAUAUACUAAUUUUCUUUCUGUAGGGCUUACUUCUUACUUUAAUGUCUAAGAAAUCUUUGUAUAACGCAAGAUCACAGAGAUUUUUCCUAUGUUUUCUUGUCGAUAUUUUGCAGUUUUAGGUUUUGCAUUUAGGUUAUGAUCCAUUUUUGGUUAAUUUUGGUGUGUACUGUAAGUUCAUAUUUUUUUACAUAUGGGUAUCCUAGCACCAUUUGUUAAAAGGACUAUUGUUUUCCGGUGAAUUACCUAUGAACCCUUGCCAAAAACUGAUCACAUAUAUAUGAAUCUAUUUCUGGGCUCUGUUUCCUUGACCUGUGGGUCUUUCACCAAUACUGCACUAUCUUGACUAGCCUUAUAUAAGACUUGAAGUCAGGAAGGAGUCCUCAACUUUAUUCUUUUUUCAAGAAUGUUUGACUAUUCUAGUUGCACCUUUCCAUAUAAGCUUUACAAUCAGCUUGAUUUUACAACCCCCUGCUGAGACUUUGACUGGAGUUAACGUUGAAUCUAGAGAUUUGAGGAGAAAUGACAUCUCAAUAUUGAAUGUUCCAAUCCAUGAACAUGAUGUGUGUAUAUAUACGUAUUUUUUCUUAAGGUUGUCUUUGAUUUUCUAAUCAGUGUUUUCUGCAUUUCACAUACAGAUCUUGUAUGUACUUUUGUUACAUUUCAUGUUUUGUGCUACUAUAAAUGAUAAUUUUAGAAUUUUAGUUUCUAAAUGUUCAUUGCUACUGUGUAGAAAUACACUUUUGCAUACUUUGUAAAACUCACUCACUAGUCUUAGUACCUUUUUAUCUAGCUCCUUUGACUUUACUAUAUAGGAAAUCACAUCAUCCACAAAUAGAUAUUGUCAUAUUUAUUCAUUUCUCAUCUGUGGCCUUUUUAAUAAAAAGACCUUAUUGUACAGUGCCCUUAAAUACAAUGUUCAGGAGGAGUGUUGUGUUCCCAAUCUUAGGGAAACAUUCAUUCUUCACCAUUCAUAUGAGGUUAGCUGUAGGCUCUUUUGGUUGUGGAUCCCUUCUAUUCCUAGUUUGCUGAAGUUUUUUGUUUUUGUUUUUUUUUUAAUCAUAAGUGGUGUGUUGCAUUUCAUCAGAUGAUUUUUCCACACCUUUUUUUGGAAAAAAAUUGAGAUAAUUUACAUACCACAGUAUUUGCCCUUUUAAAGCAUACAAUCUAGUAGGUAUAUUCAAAAGGUUAUUUUCUGCAGUUUUUGCAAUGAUCACAUGGUUUUUCUUUUGUAUGCCAAUACAUUGAACUACAUUGAUUUUUUUUUUUUUUUAAUGUUGAGUGAACCUUUAUUUCUGAGAUAAACCCAACCUGGUCAUGAUGUAUUCUUUUUAUUUAUUGUCAGAUUUCACUUACUAGUAUAAUUAUAAAUUAUAGUUAUGUUAAAGUCUGUGGCUGUAUAAAAUAAACGUUACCCUGAAGAUACUUAAACUUUCUUACUGCUUUUGAGUAAACUAAAAAUGACUUAUAUGCUCUCAUUAAACUAAAAAAUUUUUUAAUUAAAGCCUUUAUAUCUUACAAUUUAUAAAAUCAUUUGGACCAUAAAAAGCUCACAUUUAGUCCAUAGAUAAUGACAAAAUGUGCAUUAAAGAAGUCCAAACAAGGAAAAAAAACAGUUCUAAGUCAUAUUUUAAUAGUAAAGGCUUUCUAGCUGACUGGCUUCCCUCUCCUUUGGGUUGCUGCUACAGAAUUCCUAUAUAAAAUACUUAAGGGAUGCAAUAUGACCACAGGUAGGGCUGGAGGUUCUGUUUUGAAAGCUGUAUUUACAUAACACGGAUUCAUUUCUUAGUUAUUUGUGUUAUAAAACAAUAAAAAUAGAAAACUUUUCUAAUGGCGUUUUUAUUCACAUUUUACAUAAGACUGAGAAAAUGUCAGUUGUCCAGAUCAAAGAAUGGGGAAGCUAAAGCAGUCUCCCCCAAAGUCACUGCUCCACUUAUUUUAUUACCUGUAACAUGUUUCUGUUUCCCAU